UCUAACUCUCUCUUUUGGGAGUUGGGACCCUCUCACCCAUGUGCUUUCCCAUCAUUUACACCUUAGCUACCCACUUCUGUUAUUACCUAUGCACUUUUUUUGCCUAUUGAAAAGCUGAAAACCCAAUAACAAAAGAAGCACACUCAUAAUAUAACAACUUCUCUUUCUUGUUUCUCUCUCUCCCUGAAAAUGGAGAAGAGAGUUUACAUCAAGUUCAAAUCUUUACUCAUUUUUCUAUCUGGGUUUUGUUCGUUCUUUGUAAAUGUAAGUUGUCAAGGAAGCCCUAGUGAAGAUGCUCCAGUUAUGUUUGCACUCAGGAAAAGUCUCAAUGUACCUGAUUCACUUGGCUGGUCUGACCCGGAUCCUUGUAACUGGAAACAUGUUACUUGUUCUGAUGAAAAACGGGUUACCCGGAUCCAAAUUGGUAGGCAAAAUCUUGAAGGUACACUUCCUUCUAAUCUUCAAAACCUUACUCAACUUGAACGUUUAGAGCUUCAAUGGAACAGCAUUUCAGGUCCUUUACCUACUUUGAAAGGGUUAGCUUCACUUCUAGUUGUUAUGUUAAGUGGUAAUCAGUUUACUUCAAUUCCUAGUGAUUUUUUUACUGGUUUGUCUUCUCUGCAAUCUGUUGAGAUUGAUGAUAACCCGUUUUCUACAUGGGUAAUCCCGGAAAGUAUUAAAGAUGCUUCUGCUUUGCAAAAUUUCUCUGCAAAUUCUGCUAAUUUAUCUGGGUCAAUUCCGGAUUUUUUUGGCCCGGAUUCUUUUCCGGGGUUAACGAUUCUUCAUUUGGCUUUGAAUGAGCUUCAAGGUGGCUUGCCUGGUACCUUUUCUGGGUCACAAAUUCAGUCUUUGUGGCUUAAUGGGCAGACGAGUAAAGGCAAGCUUACAGGUGGUAUUGAUGUUAUAAAGAACAUGACUUUGUUGAAGGAUGUUUGGUUGCACUCUAAUGGGUUUUCGGGUCCUUUACCGGACUUCUCGGGUUUGAAAGAUUUGGAGGUUUUGAGUAUAAGGGAUAAUUCAUUCACUGGUCCUAUUCCUUUGUCUUUGACGGCUCUCGCGUCUUUGAAGGCUGUGAAUUUGUCAAAUAAUUUAUUUCAAGGACCAAUGCCGGUAUUUAAAAGGUUGGUUUCUGUGGAUUUGACUGCGGAUUCGAAUAGUUUUUGUUUGCCAAGUCCCGGUGACUGCGAUUCCAGGGUUAAGACAUUGCUUCUGAUUGCAAAAUCUGUGGGUUACCCACAAAGGUUCGCUGAGAGUUGGAAAGGAAAUGAUCCUUGUGCUGAUUGGGUUGGAAUCACUUGUACUGGAGGGAACAUUACUGUUGUCAACUUCCAAAAGAUGGGUCUUACAGGAACAGUUGCACCUGAGUUUGCUAUGCUUUUGUCGCUGCAAAGAUUGGUUCUUGAUAAUAAUAAUCUCACUGGUUCAAUUCCCCAGGAGCUUACUACCUUGCCUGCACUUAAGCAACUCGAUGUGUCAAACAAUCAAAUUUCAGGGAAAAUUCCAACUUUUAAGAGUAAUGUGGUGAUGAAUACUAAUGGUAAUCCAGAUAUUGGGAAGGAUGUCAAUACUUCUACUACUCCAGGUUCACCAUCAGGAGCUACGAUGGCAGGUACAGGUUCCGGAAGUGGCAAUUCUGGAAAUGGUGGAAAGAAAUCUUCCAGUAAUAUUGGAGUAAUUUUGUUCUCUGUAAUUGGGGGUGUAUUUGUGAUAAGCUUGAUUGGUUUGUUGAUUUUCUGCAUUUAUAAGAAGAAACAAAAGCGGUUUAGCAAAGUGCAAAGCCCAAAUGCAAUGGUGAUCCAUCCUCGCCAUUCUGGAUCCGAUAAUGAGAGUGUAAAGAUAACGGUUGCUGGCUCAAGUGUUAGUGUGGGUGCAAUUAGUGAGACCCAUACUUUUCCUGCAAGCGAGCAAGGUGACAUUCAAAUGGUUGAAUCAGGGAACAUGGUAAUUUCUAUUCAAGUUUUAAGGAACGUCACAAACAAUUUUAGCGAGGAUAAUCUAUUAGGGCAAGGAGGGUUUGGAAAGGUCUAUAAGGGCGAGUUGCAUGAUGGCACAAAGAUUGCUGUCAAGAGAAUGGAAUCUGGGGUCAUCAGUGGGAAGGGGCUAGCUGAGUUUAAAUCAGAGAUUGCUGUUUUGAAUAAGGUUAGACACCGCCAUCUUGUUGCUCUUCUUGGUUACUGCUUGGAUGGCAAUGAGAAACUUCUUGUAUAUGAAUUCAUGCCACAAGGGGCAUUAAGUAGGCAUCUUUUCCAUUGGGCAGACGAUGGAUUAAAACCCCUAGAGUGGACAAGGAGGUUGAUCAUAGCCUUGGAUGUGGCAAGGGGUGUUGAGUACUUGCAUGGUUUGGCACAUCAAAGUUUUAUACAUAGAGACUUGAAACCCUCAAACAUUCUUCUUGGUGAUGAUAUGAGGGCCAAGGUCGCAGAUUUUGGUCUUGUGCGCCUUGCACCAGAUGGUAAAGGUUCAAUUGAGACUAGAAUUGCUGGAACUUUUGGAUACUUGGCACCAGAGUAUGCAGUUACUGGUCGGGUGACAACUAAAGUUGAUGUUUUCAGCUUUGGAGUGAUACUGAUGGAGCUGAUAACCGGUAGAAAAGCUCUUGACGAUAGCCAGCCCGAGGAAAGCAUGCAUCUUGUGACUUGGUUCCGCAGGGUGCACAUAAACAAGGACUCUUUCCGCAAGGCCAUUGACCCUGCAAUUGAUGUCGAUGAGGAAACCCUUGCCAGUGUCAGCACCGUUGCUGAGCUAGCAGGUCACUGCUGCGCAAGGGAGCCAUAUCAAAGGCCAGACAUGGGGCAUGCUGUUAAUGUAUUAUCUUCUCUGGUGGAGCUGUGGAAACCAUCCGACCAAUACCCCGAAGACGUAUAUGGCAUUGAUCUCGACUUGUCCUUGCCACAAGUAGUUAAGAAAUGGCAAGCAUUUGAAGGUAUGAGCAAUAUGGAGUCUCCAUCUACAUUUUACAGCCGCAGCAUAGACAAUACCCAGACCAGUAUACCUGCUGUGCCGGGUGGAUUUGGCGCCUCGUUUACAUCAGCAGAUGGGAGAUAAGGAGUUGAAGCUGUAAAUUACGGUGGUGGUUUUUCUAUGUUAAUUCCAUUGCUUCUUAUUUGCUUUUUUAUUUAUUUAUUUAUUUAUUUAUUUUUGGGGAACAAUAGUACCUGACUGCUAGUUCAUUCAUGUUUUUAGACUCUUCCCAUUUUGUUGUAAUCGAUUUUUUUGUUUCACAUACUUAAAAGAUUCUGAUAACGCAAUGAAAUGAGGGCCUCGACACUAAACAAACGAUUUCUCA